AUGAAGUUCUCUCUUGUUGGCAUCGCCCUUGUCGUCGCCACGGCGACAGCAGAUCCUCACACGAUCAACGCAAUAAAGGACAUGAUGAAAGAAACUGUCGCCUACCGCAAGUCCAUUAACGAAUGGAACGGCAGCUACAUGGGGGGCCUAUUACUUCUCAAGCAAACCCGCGAUCUCGUCAACAAGAUGCGGGCCGUAGAAGCCGCUACGCCCAAAAAGCGGGACAUUGAGCAGCAGCCUUCCCCAGAAAUGACUGCCAUGUUGGUCAAGGAAGGCUUCGGAAACGCGCAUGAACUUGUGGGGGAGAUUGGUGCUUCAGUUGAUGACGCCAUCGCCAAGAAGCAGCAAUUUCAUGCCAUUCCCGUCGUCGGCAAACGAAUGGCCUUGUCCAACAUGGAAAGUCUGCGUUCAGCCGCAUCCGACUUGUCCAAGGUGUUUGCUGCCGCGGGCGACGAUGAAGGUCGAGCUGAAGAAACAGCCAACCUUCUUAGUGUUAUGGAUAAACACUUUGAAAGAGGCAUAGCUGCCAUGAAGGAUGAGCUUUAG